UUUUAAUUGUUAUUUUCCACCGCCCGUAGCCGUUCCUCUCCCCUCAGGUCGACGACCUCUCCCGGCCGGCCAAGCCCCGCGUGGUGGAGGAGAAGUAGGCGGAGGAGGAGGUGGUGGAACGGUGGCUUCGUUGGGCGCAUAGUCGUUUAACCUUGCAGUGUUCAUUUUGGGUUAUAUAUAAGCAAUAAUAAAUGUACGAGAAAGCAGAUGAUGGAUCCCAGUAGUAUAUAUUUCACCAUCCCUGUGAGCGAACUCCCUUCUUCUCCUUUGUGACAAUCUAGGAUGAAGAGCCCCAAUUGCAACAGUAGUAGUCCAUCUUCCUCCUCCUCGCCUUUUCCUUCUCCCACAUCUGUUAUUCCCUCGCCAACCCGGGGACGACUAGGAAGCAAUCCAGAUUCGCGGCUGAUUUCCAACAACAACAACAACAACAACAACAGUAAGCCGAAGCCGCCCAAGAUCCGCAUCAUCCACAUAUUUGCGCCGGAGAUCAUCAAGACCGACGCAACCAACUUCAGGGAGCUCGUCCAGCGCCUCACCGGAAAACCCAACCACCCACGCCCGCCCAACCGAAAAAGCAGCACCAACAACAAUAAGCUCCCGCUGCCAACGCAGACGCCCCUUCUACCGCCACUGACGAUAGAGUGCGACGACGGGGAGGAGGCAAGGGCGGGGAGUCAGUAUUCGAGUGGUUACAUCGACGGCAACAACGGCGACAACUCUUCCUCCUCCUUGCUGUUUGGUGGCGCCGGAGGGUUUGGGUUCGAGUUUCUGGGCAAACUCCGAUACUGACACUUUCCAUUUGCGAUCGAUUCGGUUGGAGCCAGAGAAAAUUUCCAGCAUCCGGAUCGGAGCAGAAUCGAGAUGAAGGAUGACGAUUCUCUUCCAACAUCGACGGCGACGGGCAGCUUGUUGAAGAAGGACACCUCCGAUUCCUCUCUCUUCGGGAAAGGCAGGUACAAGUUCUAGGCCUUAGCUGCCAUUCUUCUCUUGGCAUUGUGGUCCAUGUUCACCGGAACAGUCACCCUCCGCUGGUCCUCCGGCAACCUCAACCGUCUCUUCGACGACAUCGACACGCCUAUCCACGACGAUCUCGACGUCCUUGUAAAAAUUCUCUCCAUUUUGGGUUAAACGACUACGCGUCCAACGAAGCCACCGCUCCACCACCUCCUCCUCCGCCUACUUCUCCUCCACCACGCGGGGCUUGGCCGGCCGGGAGAGGUCGUCGACCUGAGGGGAGAGGAACUGCUACGGGCGGUGGAAAAUAACAAUUAAAAGGAAUUAGGUAUAUUUUUAUUUUUAUAAUAAUUAGGUGGAAAAUAAAAAAAAUUAUUUUAG